AUGAAUCUCCUGAUGCUGACCUUCAUUAUCUGUGGGUUGCUAACUCAGGUGACCAAAGGUAGCUUUGAACCCCCAAAAUGUUGGAAGAAUAAUAUAGGACAUUGCAGAAGACGAUGUUUAGAUACUGAAAGGUACAUACUUCUUUGUAGGAACAAGCUAUCAUGCUGCAUUUCUAUAAUAAUAUCACAUGAAUACACUCGACGACCAGCAUUUCCUGUGAUUCACCUAGAGGAUAUAACAUUUGAUUAUAGUGAUGUGGACUCUUUUACUGGUUCCCCAGUAUCUAUGUUGAAUGAUCUGAUAACAUUUGACACAACUAAAUUUGGAGAAACCAUGACACCCGAGACCAAUACUCUGGAGACUACUAUGCCACCAUCCAAGACCACUACUUCCAAGACUACUAUGCCACCACCUUCUCAGACAGCUCUUUCUCAUAAUUAAUUAACAUUUACUUCUGGUAUGGAGCAACUAGAAAUAUUGCUGGAAAUAAUAUCCAAAGAGCUGAUUCUACCAAUCCAAUUUCACCAGGAAAAUUCCGUCAGGGAUUGGAUGACCAUGGGGAUAGAAAUAAUUGCUACUACCGACA